AAGAACUGCCGUACGAACCAAUUAGCGAGAUUUGAUAGCAUUCACGGCGUAGAAUCCCCGCAUCGAGUAGCACCGUGCAGGAUAUCUCUUAAAGAAUCCCCCCCCUCUUUUGAUCGGCCAGUAUUGAAGGGGAUUACAUAGUAUUUAUCUACAGGUCGUACGGGCGUAUUGAUCUGGUCUGACAUCCGUUCUCCCUCUUUCCUACCACUACUCUGUAUCAACACUGUCUACACCAGAAAAUGACCCUCGUUCAAGGUAACAGGCUUCAAGGCAAAGUCGCAAUCGUCACCGGAGGAGGUUCCGGAUUCGGUGCGGCCAUCGCCCGUCGCUUCGGCGAAGAAGGCGCCAAAGUUGUCAUCGCCGAUAUCAACACCGAAGGAGGCCAGAAUGUCGCGUCGCAGAAUCCCUCGAGCCUCAUUUUUCAAAAGCAGGACGUGACAAAUGCAGAGGACUGGAAGAGUGUGGUUGAUUUGGCGUUUGAGAGGUUUGGACGGUUGGAUGUGUUGGUUAAUAAUGCUGGGACGACGUAUCGGAAUAAGCCCACACUGGAAGUCACCGAAGAAGAGUGGGAGCGCGUCUUCAAGGUCAACGUCAAGGGCAUUUUCCACGGCAGUCAGGCCUUCGUGCACCGUGUUAUCGAACAAGGACAGGGCGGUUCCAUAAUCAACAUUUCAUCCACAGGUGCAUCACGGCCACGACCGGGUCUCGUUUGGUACAAUGCAUCCAAGGGUGCUGUGUCGAAUGCCACUAAAGGUCUCGCAGCCGAAUACGGCCCACAUAACAUCCGUGUCAACGCCGUAGCUCCUCUGCUCAGCGGAACGGGCCUUUUCUCCAUGUUCACUGGUCUUGAGGAUACCCCGGAGAACCGGGAGAAGUUCCUCGGGAAUGUACCGUUGGGACGAUUGACGGAGGUGGAAGAUGUGGCUAAUAUGUGUUUGUAUCUUGCGAGUGACGAGGGGAGAUUUAUUAACGGGACUGAGCUGGUGGUUGAUGGUGGGAAGUGUAUUUAAUGUGCUGGUGACUUGAUGCUCAUUUUUGUUUUGAAAACGGAGUACUGUAGUCCUAUCGUAGUCGCCUGAACUCCUGCCCUGACUGCGGCCUAAUAAACACUGAAAAUGGAAGCAUAAUGAUAUCUGCCUGUGAGUCACGAGUCUGACGAGGCUGAAUCCCGU